UUGCUCCGCACCCGCUAUGGUCCAUACACUCUACAAAGUAUGGGGAGGCUUGAGGACCCAGAUUCCACCGGUCGCCAGGAGCACGUCGUGAAGAAUCCUGCAACGGGGAAGACAUUGGCACGUACAGUCAUCAUGGCGAAUGCAGAGGAUGCGCAGACUACGAUAUACGAUGCCCACCAAAACUUCAGGUCCGGCGUAUGGUCCAAGAAACCAGCGGUAGAGCGUGCUCAGGUGCUCUCCGCCCUUGCUCAUGUGCUUUCCAUCCGCAUGGAGGAGUUUGUAUACCUGGAGUCUAUGCAGACAGGAAGACCGAUCAGGGAAAUGAAGGCACAACUUGGUCGUCUCCCGGAGUGGCUUGAAUACUUUGCAGCAGCACUCAGGACCCACCAGGGAUUCAUUGCACCGACCCAAGGCAAGUUGCUCAACUACGUCCAGCGUAUUCCACUUGGCGUCGUAGCACAAGUGACGCCAUUCAACCAUCCGCUACUCAUCGCUAUCAAGAAGAUUGCGCCUGCCCUCGCAGCGGGCAACUCUGUGAUCGUGAAGCCUAGCGAGGCGGCGCCGUUGUCGGUACUGCAGUUCGCCGAGAUGUCCCUCAUAGCUGGCGUUCCUCCGGGCGUGUUGAACGUGUUACCAGGCUACGGGAAGACGAUUGUCCCCGAGCUGGCAUCACAUCCGCUCGUCAGGAAGGUUGACAUAACCGCUGGCACCAAAACCGGUCGUGCUAUCGGCAAGCUUGUCGGUUCCAAUUUGGCUGAGUACACAGCCGAACUGGGUGGAAAGGCACCCAUAGUCGUCUUCAAGGAUGCAGAUAUCCAGUCCGCAGUAUCCGGUGCUGCAUUCGCUUGCUUCAUAGCCUCGGGUCAGACCUGCGUCUCGGGUACACGUCUCAUCAUCCAAGACGAAAUAUACGAUGAAUUCAUGGAGCAGUUCUUGAAGAAGGUUGAGAGCAUCACUGCUCGGAUGGGCAACCGUAUCAUUGAACGAAAAGACCAUGAUGGGUACAGUAUCAGUCAGGGGCAACUCGAACGCAUCGAAAAGCUUGUACAGCGUCCGGGUAUCGGAAACAUCCUGACCGGCGGCCGAAGACUCACAGGGACGUCGCCCCUCGACGGGCACGACUUUUCCAAAGGCAGUUUCUUCCCACCAACUGUUAUCUCAGACGUACAGCUCGAGGACGACCUGUGGCGAGAAGAGGUCUUCGGUCCAGUCGUGGUAGUCAAGCGCUUCUAUGAUGAGGCGGAGGGCAUUGAACUCGCGAAUGCAUGCAAGUAUGGUCUUGGGGCAGGCAUCUGGACCAGUGACCUGUCCCGGGCUCACCGCGUAGCGGCUGAGAUCGAGUCCGGCCUGGUUUGGGUCAAUACCCACCACCGUAAUGAUCCCAGUUCGCCUUGGGGAGGCAUGAAACAGAGCGGCAUCGGCAGAGAAAACGGUUUGGAGGCACUGGAUGCUUACACGCAAAGCAAGUCAACCAUCGUCAACAUUGCGUCUGCAGAAGAGACCCGAACAACGAUCGACUGGUUCGCAGAUGACGAUGUGUCGGAGAAGCGUUAUGGUUGAAAGGCCCAACACCUCCGUACUCGCGCUGAUGUAGAACUUGGGGAGUGUGCUAUUUAUCCUGCUUGAGUACCUGCGGCAUUCGCUUGCCAUACUAUUCGCGUGCAUGGAGCUUUAGCAACAAAUGAGCUCAAGUGUCGUAGCUGCACCUUCGGCAGGUCAUCGGAGGCGUGCCGUGAUUAGUGCAAGGUCAAUGGCACACGGCAGCGAACCUUCGUCCUUUCGUUCCCACCGUUUAUCUCAAACCAAGAUAUUUCGCCCGACAGUGUCACUCGUAGCCCAAAAUUCCGUCAGGCGAGGGCAGUGGUAGAAACCCCCUGUGCAU